UCACGUUGAAGAUUUAUAUGUUCAGCUGUGAUGUCUAUGCCCCCAGAGUUUGAGAAGGCUCAUACUCCAAGAGAUGUAGAUCUUAAUGCUGCAGGCAGGGGUGUAUGGUUGGUAAAGGUACCAAAGUAUUUGUCAGAGAAGUGGAAUCAUGCAGACGGUGGUGAAGUUGGAAAGCUAAAAAUCACAAGAUCAAAAUUUCCAGGCCAGAAGCCAGAUGUAGUUUUCUCAUUAAAUGACAAAUUGGUGAAGAGUGGGGACACUACACAAAGUCCAAAGGACCACAAAAUGGUUUUAACAGGUCUGGGGAAUCAGAACUUGGUUGUAUUCUCUGAGACCCCACCAAUGAUAACAGCAGAUUCUGGUGCUAAACCUGACCAUUUAGUUGAUAAAUUAGGAAUUGAGGGGAAAGUUAUUCAGCGGGCUGAGUGUCGACCUAUAGCAGAUAACAACUACCUCAAAUUAAAAAGACUACAAGUGGAGGCACAAAAUAAGCCAAAAAGGGAAGUAAUUCAGAUUUCAGAAGUAGUUAAUGCAUACAAGCCAAUCAGUGAUCAUAAGUUCAAUAUUGAACACCAGCAAAAGAUGAAGAAUGAAGGAAAAAGAUUGAGAGAUUCAAAAGAUGUUGUUAUGGAGAAGUUGUUUGCAGCUUUUGAGAAACAUCAGUAUUACAAUGUUAAAGAUUUAGUACGGGUGACUAAUCAACCAAUUACUUACCUCAAAGAAAUACUAAAAGAGAUCUGCAUUUACAAUAUGAAAGCUCCUCAUCGAAACAUGUGGGAACUGAAACCUGAAUACAGACAUUACAAAGAGGAUGAGAGGACAUGAAUUUACAUUCUCUGUUUUGUUGUGCUUCAUGUUUUUAUGCAAAAAUGAUUUUAUAUGUGAGAAAAUUCAAACACAAAGCAUAAAAUUAAUGUCAGUCAUGUCAGAUGCUUAUUAUUUAAUAUCUCUAAUUCUUACAGGGUCAAGCUGAUCAUAAACAUUCUCUUCUAUAAAAGAAUAAAUGAUUAAGCAAUGCUCUUUCAAUAUAUCCCCAAAAAACAUACAAGCAAUAGAAUGUAUUGCAGAGAUGCAGAGAAGUCGUACAUAAUAUGAUGAAUGCUGUCUAGACGUCAACAUUUCUGUUUCCAAACAAAAUCAUUUGAACCAAAAGCAAUAUCUUCACCUAACUGAGCUUGAUAAUGUCUCAUGGGAAAGGAAGACUCUUAUUGAUUGAAAUUGCACCAAAUUUUAGUUUCUGGAUGGUAUUUUUCAGACUAUAUGUAUACUUUUUACCAAACCUGGUUCAUUAAUGGGGCCACAGGGUAAGGAAUUCCACUAUAAAUUUGGGGUCAAUUAGUCAAUAAGAACCUUAUGUCAAUCUUUUACUAAACUUGAUUUGGAAAUGCUCAAUAAAAUGAUAAAGAUCUUUGGGGAUUUUGAGGUCAAUAGGUCACUAAGAUUUACUAAGUAUUGCGCAACAGCACAGUGUAUUGCACAACAGCAAGAAAUCUUUAAUUGAAUAUAAAUUCAAUUCAUAUAACCAAUUUCAAGUUCUUUAACUACAUUUAUUCAGAAACCUAUAAUAUGUCAAAUAUUUAAUUACAAUCCAAAUUCAGACCUGUAUCAAGCUUGAAUAAUAUUGUGUCCAUUUUUGCCCCAACUGUUCAAGGUUGGACCUCUGCAGGCGUAUCCAGCUGCGCUCAGCGAAGCAGUUUAUUGAAGCAUAUAUUGAACCUUAACAAAACUUAGCUUGAGAAUGCCCCUUUGAAAGAAAGACACCCAUUUAUAUUUUUGGGUCAAGGCUUACUUAUAAAUAGACUGAAAUUUGAGGGAAAGUUUGUUUCAGGAUAAUAUCUAAGAUAUAUAAGACCCCUGUAAAUGUUUAGGUCAUAAGGGCAAAAGUCAAGGAUACAGUAGUAUGAAUAGACUGAACUUUAAGUUUUUACCCCAAACAUUUGAUAUAAAUUGUCUUCAUUACAGUCGACAUAAAAAUUUGUAUCUUCUCUUACAAAUCCAUAAAGAUCACAACUUGUCUAAUGCACUACUUGCACUUCUGAAAUUUUUUGUUAUAGGAACUCACGAAAGUAAAAUAAUGCUUAAAGUCAUAUGAUCUUUCAAAUUAACAAAAAAGAUUAAAAAGAACAAAAAAUACUUUGAAAAUUUACAUGGACUGUAUCUACUACAUCUAUCUGCCAUUUACAAUUUCCAUUUAGUUUACUGACUUCUCCAGAGUACACAUCAUCAGUGAUGUCCUGCUCAUCUCGAAUGAGGGAAUCAAAGGUUUGAUCCCCGACUUGGGAAAACCAAAAUUUUUAACAUUUUUUCUGCUGUUUUUCCACUAAGCAUGUGGCAUUAAAGAGUAAAAACUAGACUGGUCUGCUCUGAGACAGAAUAAUGGGAGUAGGUGGGGAACAUAUCUUCCUGCAGAUUGUAAUUCUGUGAGCUAGUACAUUAAAAUCUGACUCAGUUUAGAACAAAGCAGGUUUUGUGUUGUUUUAUUUUUACAUGUUAUCGUCCUGAAUAUACUUGUAAUACUUGCCACUUGACAUUAAUCAGCCAUUAAUAAAUCAAUCUAUAGUUAAUUCCCUUUUAUGAUUUACUGUCAAGUUCAUACAGAGGUUUUUGUCAUUUAACAUCAAACUGUAAUACAAACCAGUCGCAGUCAAUAUUUGUAUUAAUAAUUAUGAUACAUUUGUGUUAUUUUUUAACAGAAGAUACUUGUAUUUCCCAAAAGUUACAAGUCCCACACAGCAUAAUAUCUUAGAACUUGAUGGAUGUGUUUUGUCUUCAUGUGUAGAAUGUCAUUUUAUACCAUCAUGUAAGCUUGACGAACAAAUCCCUGCUGAACAAUUUCACUACAAUAUAAUUUGAACUAUUUUUAGAAUAUAAUGUGACCCUGAGAGGUGAAUGUUGAUAUAACUUCAUUUAUUUGUCAUUCAAAUAUAACUUUGUAGUUACCGUAGCCCACCCACGUUGACUCGCGCUGUAUAUGAUGUCAUUGUCUUCCUCUGGAAACAUUUAUCGUUUUAUGACAGACCAAGUCAUCCAAAAUGUCUGAUUUUACAGAUUUCUGACCAAAGAAUGUCCUAGUUUUUAAGAGCAAAAUCGAUCUGGCCAUAUAAUGCCUCCUCUAAUUUUGAUGUACCUAGGGAUUCUUUUAAGAUUACAGUUUAUAUCUAUGGUCUAUACCAUUGAUGUUGUGACCCCCACCAACACCUUGUUAUGGCUAUUAUUCUCAUUUUCCCUCCAAAAAGGCAUGAAAUAUGACGUCGCUGGGCUUCCAAAAUGUUGUAUAUGACUUUUUUUGCUAGAACUCCUUUUUCACACAAACCGGCUUGGCAGGAGGAAAUGUCUGAUAUUCCAAAGUAUCAUUUAUUUAGAACAAUCAAAACAUUUGAAGUAAGACAUGUGACAAAAUUGCCAAUCUCAAGUGUUUGUAAAGUUAGCUUCCAAAAUGUUGUAUGUAAACUUGAAAAUUGUUGUAUAAUGGCUUUGGGAAUCAAAAACUUUUACAUUUCUUUAUUUCUGUGAUAAUAAGGUUAAUUUAUGUGUUAUCUAGAAAUGUCCAAGCCAUCUACAAAAAUGUUCAAGUUCACAUACGACAUUUUGGAAGCACUCAUUUCAACCAAAUUUUCAAAGCCUGUUUGUGAGAAUUUUGUGUUGUUGAAAAAUUAGAUAUGUACUACAUUUUGGAAGCCCAGCAACGAUGACACUUUCAUAUUACCACACAUAAAAAAUGCAUAUUUUCUAGGAACACAGUAAUAGUCCUUUGAUUUUCGUUGUCUAGAAAUAUAGUCCCUAGUGUGGACAGUGUAUUACUUUACAAUUUUUUUCAUACCCCUUCCAAAUUUAUUUCUUCAUGUUUUAUGCCUCAAAUAGCAAGUAGGGGGAUAAAAUUACACUGCAAAAAAAAAUGGUGGGUCAUGAAUUUUAAUGUAAAGAAGUGAUUUGGUCCAGCUGGAAAAGGUUAAAAAUUAGUAUGUCUUAAACUGUUGAAAGAAUUCAUAACCCCCUUAACAUAAAAUUGUCCAUAGUUUGAGUUAGAGCUGAUCAAUGAAGUUUUCUAUAAUUUUGAUAUAAUUUGGCCAAAAGUAGUACACCACACUAAAAAUCUAAUUGAGAAAGUGCAGGUGUGAUUUUUUGACUUAUUUAUUAUUGAUUUAUUGUCUUAAAGAAAUGCACUAUGAAAUAACUAUUCUCGGGCCAUAUGGACCAUGAAUUUUAGGAUUGUCCUUCCAAGCUAUUAACCCAGUUCAGCUAGGGCAUUUUUGAAAACGUGUGGAGUGCUAAAUGGGUAUAACACUAAUAGCAGUUGAAAUCAUGGCUACAGACAGAAAUGGCUUUAAAUAAGUUACUUGUAAUUUUCUAAUAUUUACAAUAUUGACCUGCAGGAUUUCAGGAGUGUUUUGAAGUGUAAACAGGCAAAAAAAUCACUUUAGAGCUGGACGAUCACAUAUAUAGAUUUUUUACCUUUAAUGAAUUUCAACAUUAAAGAAAACAGUAAUACAUGUAGUAUGAGGAUUAGUACCAAUGAAAAAAACUUAUUAGAUGUCUUUUAAUACUUAUGUGACAUCAUGUGUGGAAAAAUGAAAAAUAUCGUAAAACAUUUUCACUUAAUAUUUAAAGACAAAUAUUUUUGCUUCAUGAUGAUAUAUUUGUUGUAAUAAUUACUACAAAGUCAUUAGUAAUGUCGAGUUGGUUUUAUAUUAUGUUUAAAAGAACUACAGAUUUUUUUUAAUAAAUGUAUGUUCAUGUUAA